AUGACUGCAGCUUCUCAUGAGCCUACUAUUCACAGUUGCUUCGAAGAGAAAACAGGCACAUGGCAAUACAUAGUUGCCGACCCGUCUACGAACAAAGCCGUCAUCAUCGACGCUGUCCUAGACUACGACGCAAACUCCAGAACCGUUAGCACAUCGACGGCCGACAAUUUACUUGCCAUCGUAUUUCGCCAGGGGUAUCAAGUUGAGAGGAUUCUUGAGACGCAUGCACAUGCCGAUCAUCUCACAGCUGCCUCUUACCUUCAAAGCCGACUUUUGCAAAUACAAGGGACCAGGCCGCCGAUUUGCAUUGGGAAGCGUAUCCAUCAAGUUCAAAAGUUUUUCGCUGCCAAAUACGGAAUUUCAACCGACGAGUACGAAAACGCGUUUGACCAUCUUUUCGAGGAUGACGAGUCGUUUGCAGUAGGGCAAUUGACAGUAGACGUAAUGCAUCUUCCAGGACACACUCCCGACCACUUGGGAUACCGAAUCUCCAACAACGUCUUCUGUGGCGAUUCCAUCUUCCAUGCAGAUAUUGGUACAGCGCGGUGUGACUUUCCCGGGGGCAGUGCGAAGGACCUGUACACGUCGGCAAAGAAAUUGCUUAGUCUACCGGAAGACUUCAAAAUCUGGACUGGUCAUGACUACCCGGCAUGUCCUGCGCGAUGCGAAGCCGUUCCUUGGAUGACGGUUGGCGAUCAUCGGGAGAGAAACAAACAUGUUUCUAUCGACAUAGCAGAGGAGGACUUCCUCACAUUGAGAAGGGAGCGAGAUGCGGGGUUGGCUGCGCCAAAGCUGCUGGACCCUUCGUUGCAGGUCAAUAUCCGAGCUGGAAGGCUACCUCGGCCAACACCUGGUGGCGAGCGUUUGGUGUCUCUGCCGAUCCAGAUGCGAUGCGACGCAUGGUAG